AUGGCACUUGGAAUGCUAAUAUAUAUUUUGCUAAGAGCAAUGGUAGCGCUGGGUGAAGAGGCAGCUAUUACUGUUUCGUCACUAACCACAGACCGAAGGAAUAGCUGGGCAAAAAACAACACAGAAGACUACCCAGAGGAACCUAUUGCUCUGAAGUUUAUGCAAUCCUGUCUUGAAGAACACGACAGUUAUUGUAUUAAUGGCCUCUGUGCUUUUCAUAGUGAACUCAAGAAACCCAUAUGCAGGUGCCUGACAGGUUACAAUGGCGAAAGAUGUGAACACUUGACAUUGAAUUCGUAUGCGCUUAAUUCUUACGAGCACUAUAUUGCAGUGGGAAUUGGCACUGGAAUGUUACUGAGUGGGAUCAUCGCUCUAAUCUAUUGCUAUGUAAGAAAGAGGCAAGGGCAUUCUGUAUGGAGGAAGACGACGAUGUGUCUCUCAACACUCUGAGGCAAAGAAUGGAGUUCACACGCUGCCAAAGGCAAGUAGUCAGUCUAGCCCAUCUCUGGUUUCCCAAUGGCCUAUAGUAUGGGCCUGGGCUGACGUGAAUACGGCGGAUCUCUCAAGUGGGUUAAAUGCAAUAUGCUUCUAUUGCCACAGUGGAUAAAGGCGGCCAAGGCUUUGCACUGGGAAAUGGGAGACUGAAAAAAGAUAUCAUUAAAAUGAAGAAGAAUAAAGAUCAGAUGAUUUUGGAAAAAUAACAUUGAGAAUGAGAGCAGUCCCUGAGAUCUUAGAGGACAAAGGGCUAAUGACAUUUUGAGAAGAGUAAGGCUCACAUGGACAAUGAAAGUGUUCAUCUGGACAGCCUUGAUCUUCCAGUACAUCAUGUAGUAGCUCCCCACACUCCCAGACUUGUCAGUCAGGCAUCUUCCUGCCCAGUGAUAUGCACUGCUGGACAAGAGGAACAAGACUGUACUUGCUAUUUCGUUAUAAGGACUCGUUAAUACAGUUCUACCCAGCUGGCUUCACGCUCAUGGAACUUGUAGUAUAUCACCAUUUAAACAAGAAAUGGGUAAAGGAAAUAUGCCUAGCUCCAACCUGCCAGAUUAAUAUUAUGUGCUUUCUUUUUCAUCUUCUCACCCACAAGAUGUCUUCAGAUGGGGAGAUUUGUUCUUGAGAUAGGGAAAUAAAAUAGAUUCAGAGGACAGUGGCUCCUGAAAAACUUUGCAGCUUCUAACUGAGAGUUUUGGAAUACUGAUGCUGAUCAUUUUCAACAUUGCUCAGAAGAGUUUUUGUUUCAGGUGCUGCACAUUGUGGAUCCAGAUUU